CAUCUGACAUUCACUUCAACUUUGCAGUCAACAUUUAAAGCUGCAUGCUCAACAACAUCUCAUAAUUUACAGCAAAGCAGGAGUUGGACAUCACUGACUUUUUUCCAGCGAACCCAAAGCAGCAUCAAGAGCUAAAUCCAGCUGAACUAAGUAAUAUUUAGAGAACUGCUGAGUCGAGGAAACAGCUGAAUGAUGAGUGCUGCUCAGAGUCAAACAACACUGGUGUCCAAACUGCAGGGCCUGCAGUGCCACUUCACCUGGGAUCUGGACACCAGCAGGGCCAAACUUUUACGUUUCAGGGAAAGGUUUGAGGAUUUUGGCACCGAGGACGGACACAGCUGGCUGGGUCACAUUUACAACCUGCGGGGGUUCAUUGAAUACAAGCUGGGGUUCACUGAAGAAGCCCAGAGUUUCUUCAACAAGGCUACAGAGGCCUUCUGCCAGAUAAGAAAUGCAGAUGAGGGUCCCUGGUUAGUGGUGAACUAUGGGAACCUGGCUUGGCUGCACCACCACCUAGGAGACCCAGCAGAGAGUGAGGCUUACCUGACAAAGGUUGACGCCCUGAUGAAUGAAUAUCCAUCUCCAUCCCAGGACAAGCUCCACCCAGAGAUCUGCGCUGAAAAAGCCUGGACUUUCAUGAGGUUUAGCACAGAUAAAAUGUCGCUGGCUCUAGAUUACUUCCUGAAGGCCAUCGAGAUGCAGCCGGACAUGGUGGAGUGGAACACCUGCCAUAUCUUAGGGUUAAUGUUUGCUUCAGAGCACAGCAGCACAGCAGUGGGGGCUGACAUCUUGGAGAAAAUGAGAAUCGCCAAAGAAAAGGAUCCAGAGAACUUGUACCUCGCAGUUCACUACCUCGACCAAUGUGCUAAGAAAGGAGAAAGAAUUGAAGAUGAAGCACGUGAGCUAGCCAGGGAGGUUUUGAGAAAUCCUGUCAGCUGCUACGGUGGUAUUAAACCAUUACUUAUUGUUUACAGAAACUAUUUAUCUGUUGAUGAGGCCAUUGAUUUGGCAGAGGAGGUUCUGAGAAACCAUCCAGAUGAGCGUUAUCUGAAGGGAUGUGCUGCACUCUGCUACAGAUGGAAGAUCUUUGACAAUGACAGUCUUCCAACACAAAGCCUGAUGGACAGAGCAAUCAGUCUCCAUGAAGAGAUGAUUUCUCUUUACCCUCAUUCCUCACUGAGGAAGAAAAUAGAUCUUGCACAUAUAUAUGUAAAGUCAACUAAUGGCCUAGCUAAAGCUGAGCAGAUAUACCAGGAACUGCUAGAAAGGGAUCUUGAACCUGCAGACAAACAGAUGCUUUACUACAACUACGCACAACAUUUAAACUUCCAUGGACAGGAUCGCAACAGGUCACUCGGAUAUUACAUGCAGGUGGCAGAGAUACGGCAACAAUCCAUCUUUCGUGAGAAAAGCAUCAAAGUUCUGGUGAACAUUAGAGACAGAGGCAGGGACAUAAUGUGUAGAGAAAUAGAGAAGUUUCUGGAAAACCUGCAAGAGCCAUAGUGUUUUUAACAGCACUGGUUCUGAAUCCAGAACAAAUAUAGGUAUUGCAUUAGCAAUAACAUCUGUAUAUACUUAUUAUUUUGAUUACUUACACGUUAAUUAAGUUGCACGUUUUUUCUCUCUUGGUCGUGUGGUCCAGAAGGCAGCAACACCCACACUCGGAACAUGUAAUAUACGAUCAACUCAUUGUUGGUUUUAGUCUAUAAAUGGCUAACAAACAAAAGAACCUGUAUAUUUUGAGCUGUCUCCUUUUAAGGCAGGUUUCAACAAGUGUUCAUUGAAGACAACACAUAUCUAAAUACCUAUACAUUAGCACUGAAAAACUGCCAGCUGUAGUACACAAGUACAAAUGUGUUGUAAAUGUUAGUGAAUAAUAAAACUUGGAUUUGUAAUGCA